GAGGACUUUUAUUUUAAAUGUGUGUUCUGUGGAAGACCUUUAUUUUGGCACUUCCGGUAGUGCUCAGAAGCGGAAGUUUUGCAGCACGUCACACGUGUUUAGUACGAGACUAAACUCGAGGAAAAAUGGCUAAGAACAGCAAAUUAAAGCAGAAAACAAAUGGUAAAAGUGGAGCGAAACAGAAGCAGCGUAAAUGUGUGCUGAUGUUCGAUGAUAAAGACAGACAAGAUUUCCUGACGGGUUUCCACAAGAGGAAGCUGGAGCGGCGGAGAGCAGCGCUGGAGGAGAUGAGGAACAAGCUGAAGGAGGAGCAGAAGCGCGUCAGAGAGGAGAGACACAAAGAGUAUCUGAAGCAGCUGCAGGAGCGCCGCGAGGCUCUGGACGAGGCGGACGAGCUGGAAGACGUGAUCACGGCGACGACAGAGAGCAUUCAGUACGACCAUCCCAACCACACCGUCACCGUGACGACCAUCAGCGACCUCGACCUAUCAGUAGACAGAUUGCUAGAGCCACAGCAGAGAGAUGAACAGAAUGAAGAGGAGAAAACAAAAGCCCUUCCCAAGAUAGCUGGAAACCCACUCCUGUCCAAAAAGAUCCAGAGCCUCACUUCAUCGCUCAACAGCCUCACUAAACAGAAGAGGAGGGGCAAACGGAGGUCCAAAAAGGAAAUGAGGCGGAGAAACCAUCAGAGCGAAAAGAAGUCCUCAUCCACCCAAGACAACAAGAUCCGCCCGGGCAGAAGCACAAAGGCGCAGAGACGCAAACGAACGGGUCAGAGCGAAGCGCCAUCAGGACUGAUGGAACGUUCACACUCGAGAUGACGCGUGUCUGAUGGCGAACUCAUGAACUCCUGCCGUUCAACGUCUGUGUUUGUAUUUUUACAUGUUUGAUACUUUAAAAGGACAUUAAAAAGGAAAGCUUACA